AUUGGCUCUCGCCUUGUGACUGGCAGCUUGUCGGCCCGCCCUGUCGGUCUCUGUACAUGGAUCGGUCUGCAGAGAGACCGACCUUAAGAAAGUGGAGUGGAAACAGGAAGAGGAGGAAAGGGGGAAGAGAGAAGACGGAGGAGAGGUUCGGGUGAGAGACAAGGUGGCGAGGAGUGAAAGGAAGAGAGGAAAAGGGGAGCAGAGGAGCGUGCGGACCAAAGGGAACGAGGACAAAAGACAAGAGCUAGCGGAGGAUGAGCAUGUCUAUUUAAAGGGAUCUGAGACUGCACGGCUCUGCUGUCUUGCUAUUCCUGACUGCCUGACAUCAUCGAAUUUGGACUCUGUCUCCCCCUUUUCUCUCAGUGCUCAUUGUGAGGUGUGAAGUGGAGGGCCUCCAAAACACAGACCAAGACUGGCUGCAUGUAUCACCCAGCAGAGCUGUACUCUGGCCGUAACACAUGGGUCUCCUAUCAAGCGGGUGGACCUAACAGGGGACAAUGGGCCCCUGUAAACAGUCGCCAAUGGAGCCACACAGAAAGAUGCCAAGGAGGGCGCAAUCAAUCACAUCCAGCAUCAAGUCGUCUUUAUAAUAGGGGGGAGAGGACAGUCAGCCAUGUCCAGGACAAGGGUACCUCUAGGGGGCACAGACAGCCUCUACGUCUCUGGGAUGGCAAAGAGGCCUUUGAGGCCCAGAACUGGCACCACAACUCCACACGCUCAUUCCACAACAGAGCUGGCACCAACAGCGGUUACCUAACAGGACCAGAGGAGCGCUACACUAACUGGGACAGCAGUGUCAGCAACUCUGUGCAUGGCGGCCCUCGCCUGCAUCGCAACAACCGAGAACUCCAAUCCCCACCACCGGAGAGAUGGGCCCACUCCGACUGCCGCAGGAGCUUUCCAGACAGAAUGAUAAACAACAGACCAGGACCCUGGAAACGGCCAGCCCUUCACCAGCGGAGAGACCCGCUGCACCAGCACAGUCUCCCUCCACUGCACCCGUUAUCCCCAAGGGAAGAGUGUCCAGCCAAGAGGAAAAGGGACUCUGGCCCUGAUCAGGUAGAGUUUGGUGACUUUACAGAGUCAUCUCAUCCUGGGUCAAGGCAUUUACCUAUACUUGCCCACCGCUGCAACCAAGAUGACUGGAAGCCUCUUAGUGACAGAUCGGGUCAUAGCCACCACUCUGACUACAGGACCUCAACAACACAGCAACAGGAAAACUCUAAACUGCGAGCUGGAGGACACGGCUUCAGUAACAGUCACCUAGCGGCUCCAAACCAGAGUUGUGGCAGCAGACCACCACAUCACGGGAGCAGGGGGAAGGUCGACCGGAAAAUCUCAUCUUCACCAGCAGACCACACCUGCGUGCCUUACAGCCACCAAAACCACCAUUACCACUAUCAACGGCACACAGGCCACCCCAGAGCCCUACAGCACAACCCGCAGCUACACCCUCUGGAGGAGAAGGACUCAUGGAGCCAUCACCACAAACAAAGCACAGAACCUCAGCGCAUUCAUCAAAGGGGCAAUUCCCGGGAUCCAGCCCUCUCCAAGUCUGCUGUUGCAGACUCCCCUCCCUAUUCCUCCCUCCUCUGCAGCCCUAACGCUGGAGAUUCUACUGCAAGCAGCAGUCCACGAGCUCCUUCCAGUCCCUCUCCAUACACAGUGGCCGGUGGCAGAAAAGAUCCACUAAUCAUUCGUCAGUGUAGUCCUGGCCUCAGUGGACAGCAGAAACUGCAGGGAAGCCCUAAUCGCACCCCGAGACCUAGCCUGACAUCCACCACGUCUCUCACAUCUCACGCCGGUGCAAAAUCCAGGUUUUCAGACGUCAAAUAUCGAAAGGCCUCGCAGCCCCUCUGCUCGCGACAGUCCACCCACAGCAGAUCAAGAGCGAACAAGCCCGAGAAGGAGUCGGAAGAACACAAAAAAGCCGAGAAGCUGGUGAAAAAGGAGAGAAAAGGCGAAGAGAGAAAGAGGCGGAAGAAAAAAGAGGAAAAAAGGUUGGCCGAGAAACAAAAGAAGAGGGACAAAGCAGCAAGGAGGGAAAGAAAGUUAGGCUUGAAAACGAAAGUCACAGAAAAUGAAAUGUUUGCUUCCAACUCUUCAGGAGAGGCCAAGAUGAGUAAAACGAAGACUACAACCGUGUCCCCAGAGAAUCCAUGCCAGUCGGCGCCCAAACACAAGCACAGGGAGAGGAGUGAGCGAGCGGAGAGGACACACAGGCCAUCCACAAAUACUCCUCAUCCCAGCUGCACAUCGCAACCAUCCUCAAAAUCCGGAAAUCAUAAAAUGCCCAAGAAGAAUGGCAGUCCCCCAAAACUGCCUGUCAGGAAACAACGAAUCCAGUCUCUUCCCAGGAACACCAGACCCAUCCAGACCAUCGUCUCACCCCGAUCAGAAGACCAACCACAGGCGAAGCCCGAUGACCCACUCCCCUCCCUUUUAUUUAAAGCCUUGGCGCCUCUCAGUAGAGCAUGUUAUAUUAGCUUAGAGCAGCCCAUCCAUGGCAAAGACGCUGGGCAGGGAGGGGUUCUCAACGCUCCAGACCUACAGCCUGUGGGACAUUUGAGGGAAAUGGACGACAACCUUGCGAAUACCCCUCCUGUUCUCAGCUGGCAGGGCUCUCCAGUAUCAACUCUGGGAGAAGACGAAGAGGAGCUAGAAAAGGGAGUGAUAAGUAGACCCGUUCUUCAGCCCAGCCCCACCCAGUGCUUCUCUCCGCCUCCUCCGCUUGUCGACAGCGACGAUACCAAUAAGGAGGCUUGUGAAAGCCCAGCGGCUGAUUACUCCCACGAUGGCGUGUCCGAAGUCGGCGAUCUGCCUCGCGCGACGGAACAAGUUGGCGAGGACGAAAAGGACGAAGAGGUGGACAGCGGCGGGGAAACCUCCGGCUCUCUUCUCUGUGAGCUUCGCCACCACAAAACCGGUUUGGAUGAUGUCUUCCAGAGCCUGGCCAACUUUCUCGGAGGCCAGAGAGUCGCGUGUCGAGGCGGUCCAUUUGGGGGGCCUCCCGCUGGCACCAACGGAGGAGUGAAGUACUCCUCUUCUUUUGAACUGGGGCCGGAGAUUCAUGAGCAUCAGGAUUUCUCCCCCACAUCAGAAGCUACAGCAUCGUCCACGCCCGGUAAUCAGUCACCAACUCACACUACCUCAGACACGCUUUUGGAAUCCCACAGUCCGACACAUCUGGGGGAGCCUGUCGCGGACUCCUUGGCGCAGGAGAAGCAGGAAGAAAUUGAGACCGACAUAAAAGAGGAACAAGAGGGUGUGGAUGUGGAGAUCCUCACUGAGAGUACAGAGUCAUCUCUUUUGGACGGGUCGCUGAGUGCAAAGCUGAGACUGACCACAACACAUGCAGCCUCUUUCACCAGCCUCAUCACGGUCUCUACCAAAGAAGAGAGAGUACCAAGCGAAGAGACAAAAUGCAUAAGUACAAACCGAAAGAGAAAACGAAAGGCUAAGGAGGGAGAGAUCAAGAUUAAGAUAAAGACAGAAGAAAGCAGCAUCGUCUGUCCUAAAAACAAAGCGAAGAUAGAUGGCACGAAGGGCCAGAUUCCUCAGGAAAAUCUAACCCCACAUGGCAUACACAUCCAAAAAGAAAAAGUGGACACGGGGAACGCUGAGGUAAAGAUGAUAACGGAGAAGAAGAAGAAGGAAGAUGUCAGUGAGUUAGAAAAUAACUCCGCAGCUGGAAACACAAACACCCAGACCUCAAAAUCAGCAUCAACUGUGUCAAGUGCAACAAUCAAUACGUCCAAAUCAUGUGUUUCCAACCCAGCGAGCAAGCCUCCCUGCUCAUUAGCUCCAGUUGACCCGCUCAAACUGAAGGCAUUGUCCAUGGGCUUGUGUAAGGAGCUGAAGAUCCUCUUGAUUAAAGUGGAGAGUGUCGGAAGACAAACAUUCAACAUAUCAGAGAUGAAAGAGCAAAGAAUCCCACUUUCCAAGAUCAGUAUUAAAAACACGGGCGCUGAAGUGAUCAGAGCUUGCAAGGGGACGAGGGUGAAGGGCAAAUUCAAGGAGUCCUUCCUGCUUCCCGCCUUCUCUGUUAAACCUAAAAUUGCCUCAGAGAUCCCGAUUCCUCGUGAAAAGCUUAACCCUCCGACACCAAGCAUCUAUUUGGAGAGCAAGAGGGACGCAUUCUCUCCAGUUCUGCUACAGUUCUGCACUGAUCCCAAAAAUGCAGUCACUGUCAUCAGAGGCCUUGCUGGCUCCCUCCGCCUUAACCUUGGUCUGUUCUCCACCAAAUCUCUGGUGGAGGCCAAUGCGGAGCAUGCAGUGGAAGUGAGGACUCAGGUUCAGCAGCCCGCUGAUGAGAACUGGGAUCCCUGUGGUUCCACGCAGACGUGGCCCUGCGAAAGCAGCCGCUCACACACCACCAUCGCCAAAUACGCUCUGUACCAGGCCUCCAGCUUCCAGGAGAGCCUGCAGGAGGAGAAGGAGAGCGAGAAUGAAGAGGAAGGAGAGCAGGCCAAGUCUUCAGACACAUCAGCCACCACAAAAGCUGCCCUGACAUCAGGCAACCGUAAAAGCAGCUCUGCUUCGACUAAAGCCUGUUCUGCUACCAUCCUAAGCAAAGCCCAACCUGUUCAUGCCAACAGCACACCCAGCUCAGAGCAAAAAGCAUCUGGAAAAAUCAUUAAAUUCGGGACCAAUAUUGAUCUCUCUGACCCUAAAAGGUGGAAGCCCCAGUUGCAGGAGCUGCUGAAGCUGCCAGCUUUCAUGCGUGUGGAAUCCAGCAACAACAUGCUCAGUCAUGUCGGUCACACCAUCCUGGGCAUGAACACCGUCCAGCUCUACAUGAAGGUGCCAGGCAGCCGCACGCCAGGUCAUCAAGAGAACAACAAUUUCUGCUCCGUGAACAUCAAUAUCGGGCCUGGUGACUGUGAGUGGUUCGCUGUUCACGAGCACUACUGGGAGGCUAUCAACGACUUUUGUGAGAAGCAUGGAGUAGACUACCUGACGGGGUCCUGGUGGCCAGUCCUGGAAGACCUCUACAGCUCCAACAUCCCUGUGUACCGCUUCAUUCAGAGACCGGGUGACCUGGUGUGGAUUAAUGCGGGGACUGUGCACUGGGUCCAGGCGGUGGGCUGGUGCAACAACAUCGCCUGGAAUGUGGGACCACUCAACUCGUACCAGUAUCAACUCACCCUGGAGCGCUAUGAGUGGAACGCGGUAAAGAAGGUUAAGUCAAUCGUUCCCAUGAUCCACGUUUCAUGGAAUGUGGCUCGCACCAUCAAGAUCACCAACCAAGAUACCUACAAGAUGAUCAAACACUGCCUGCUGCAGUCCAUCAAGCACAUCCAGAUUCUGAGAGACCAGCUGGUGGCUGCAGGGAAGAAGAUCUGUUACCAGAGCCGCAUGAAGGACGAGCCAGCCUACUACUGCAAUGAGUGUGACGUGGAGGUGUUUAACCUCAUGUUUGUGACAAGUGAGAACAGCAGUAAGAAGAGCUACAUGGUGCACUGCGAGGACUGUGCACGAGCUAAGAGCCGAUCGCUGGCGGGAGUAGUGGUGCUGGAACAGUAUCGGAUAGAGGAGCUGAUGAGAACCUACGACACCUUCACGCUGGCUCCAUCACCCUCUUCAAAGUGAGGACCCCUCCCUGGUGUCUUUCAGCCAUAACCAAAACUCUAAUGGCAGCACAAAUGUUGUCUUCAGGGCAAUCUAUUCCUGCAAACACUCACUGAAUCAGCCAAUCACGUUUACUCAGUAUUGUUUACAUCACACAAUAAGGUAUGGACACUCAGCCAAUCCAACUAUAGCUCACUGUCUUCCCCAUGCCAGCUGCUGAUUGGACGUGUGUUUUGUAAUAGAAUGACUAGACUGGUACUUCUCAUGAAAAGCAUUUCAGAUAUGUAAAAAAAAUAAAUAAAUGUGAGCACUACUACCACUGCUAGCACUGAAAAUCAGGUUAUAUGUUCAACGGAAACUGCUGUGAUUCAAAGGCGUCAAGUAGCCGGUUCUGUGUAUAAAUCCAGGUACUUUUAUGCAAAUUCAGUCUAACUUUUUUACACCAAUCUAGUUAUUCUAUAUGUCCAUGAAUUUGCUGUGAUUCUGUUGUACCAGCAGGGGAAUCGCUUCACAGGAGAAGUAGCUGAUUGUCACAUUUGGCAUCGUAUUGGUUCCUGUUUUUUGUUUUUUCUUGGUAUUCGGGUAAACUCUGACAUUUGUAAUUCCUGUCUGCAUACUUUUUUGAGGUGCUAUUCCAAUCUAAUUUAUUCUCGUUAGAUACUUUAAAAGUUUUACCAGCCUAGAAGUAUACCACAUUGGCCUUGCAAACUGAAUUUAGAGGAGAGGUAAUUAGAGGAUUAAACACACAAAUAAGGAUUUAUGUAUGUAUUUAAAAAAACUUUAAAAAAAAACAAAUUAAAAAGUUUUACCAGUUUCUCUUAAAUACGGGUUUACUAGAGGACUAAUAUGGUUUCAUUGUUAGCUGGAAAUCAAGUAUGUAGAUGAAAAAUUAGAUUAUUUUUUUUCACAAGUCCAGCUAAAUAGUCGUCGGUGAGGUUUCUAUGAUACGCCCGUAAAACAGACAUAGUGUCUUUUUUAUUUUUCGAAUGGGAAAACAAUCCCCCUUUUAUACCUCUUGUGUUGCUGUUUUUGUUUCUAGAUGACAGAGAAAAUAAAUAAUUGUAAAUUGUGAAUGAAUUUAUGGGAUACACAGUGGUGUGCAUAGACGGUGUACAGAGAGGGGGCAGGGGGAGUCAACGUUGAUGUUUGUAUCAAUGAAGUGCCCGUUACAGUCUGAAAAAAA